AUGAGCAGUAUGGAGAAGAGACUGUCUGAAUUAAAGACCGAGCUCGCGAAAUGUGAUAAGGUCUUGACGUUCUUCAGGAACAGCGCAAGGACUGAAGUUACGAGGUUAGUGGACGAGAUACAAGACCGCAAGACCAGGAUAUUGGAAGAGAUGUCGGUGGUCAAGUCUGUGAUAGCACGCCCAAAAGGAUUCCCAAAGAAAAAAAUCGAGAAAUAUGUUAGCGUUGCUUCAGGAGUGAUGAUUUUUUGA